AGUAUCAAAUCAAAUAUAGAAUCCUUAACACUCUCUCCUCAUAAUUAUAUAAAAUCCAGAAGCGGGUUUUCAUAUAUCCAGUUCCAGUCUCUCUCCCUCUCUGCAUUGACGACGGCUACAUCGCUAAUCCUCCCAAAUCUCCAAAUUCAUCCAGAUCGGAAACCAGUCAAUGCCGACCACCUUUGAACGGAAUCUCAAUCUAUGUUUCACCAAAAUCAAACGCCCCCAAUCACCACCACCAUCUCCUCCUCCUCCUCCUCCCCACCGCCAUCGCCACCACCAUCGUCGCCGCCACUCCGAACCAUCCCUACACAAUCCCAAAUCUAACCUCAUCAAAAACUUCAACACUCUCUAUGACAUUCCCCCCGCCUCCGAUUCUGACGACUCAUCAAUCAUCACCGCCCCUGAUUUCUCCACCGCCAUCGCUUCCAAUCGCUUCUUCUUCUCCUCCCCCGGGCGCUCCAAUUCCAUCAUCGAAUCCUCCUCCCCAUCCACCUCCUCCCUAGCCUCCACCUCUUACACUCCUGAGGAUGCCACCGACGGUUUCGUCGGUGGCGGCGUUGCGAUCCCGACGAUCUCGCCGGACCCAUACUUUGACUUCCGGAAAUCGAUGCAGGAAAUGGUGGAGGCACGUGACCUCGUCGAUGUACGCGCCAACUGGGAUUACUUGCACGAGCUACUCACGUGCUAUCUGGAUUUGAACCCGAAAAGUGCUCACAAGUUCAUCGUCGGAGCUUUCGCGGAUCUUCUCGUUACUCUCAUGGAAUCGUCGACGGCGGAAAACGGUGGACGCCGGAAUGUAUAAUAUCUCCGGUGGUAAUUGUAUGAAUUAUUUUUUUCACGGUGGUGGGUGUGUGAUUAAUGUAGUAAUUUUUGUAGUUCGUCAAAUAUGAUUUAUUUUUAAUCAUUUUUAUGCGAAAUAUUAAACUAGUUAUUAUUA